AUGCCCGGAGCCAGUGGCGUCAACGUUGAGGGCUCUUGUGAGGCCCUGUGCCGAACCCUGGUCUCCCAGAACGGACUCCAGAGAGAGACAGCCGACAUCUCCCAGUCUGUCCUCUACACCUCACUGAUGGGCCUGCUUCUGGUUGCUGACAACGAGAAACAGCAGCUCACCAUAGGAAGUGGAAGGGUUGGCCUUAGAAACAUAGGAAACACAUGUUUCCUAAACGCAGUAGUCCAAUGUUUGUCUCACACACGUGGCCUACGGGACUACAGCCUCCUCAUGUCCUACAGGGAUGAGAAGUUUUCCAAAGAGGAGGCUAAGCUCAUGGAAGCUUUCUCUCAGGUGCUGUCAGGCCUUUGGGACGUAAAUGAAGGGGACACAGUUGUAAAUCCACGACAGUUUUACAAUAUAUUUAAAGAAGCAGUGCCUUACUUCAGUGGAUACAGUCAACAGGAUGCGCAGGAGUUCCUCAGGUUCCUAUUGGACAAGCUGCACACAGAAAUCAACCGCAGACCCUACGUUCGACGAACAGGGAAGGAGCCCGUACAAAAAUUUGCCAGAUUUCGGAUUUCAGAAGAGGCAGCUGCCAUGUGGAAGAAGCACUUAGAGAGAGAUGACAGCAGAAUAGUAGACCUGUUCUCAGGCCAGCUGAGGAGCUCGCUGCAUUGCUCAGUGUGCUCCCACUACUCCAACACAUUUGAUGUGUUCUGCGAUCUGUCGCUGCCCAUCCCCAAGAGAAGCUCUGCUGGGCAGGUCACGCUGAGGGAGUGCCUGGAGCUCUUCUCUCAGGAGGAGAAACUGGACAAGGAGAAUUCACCAAUGUGCGAGAGGUGUAACAGGCAUACAGAGUGCACCAAGCGACUUUCCAUCCAGCGGUUUCCCCAGGUUAUUGUGAUCCAUCUGAACCGCUUUACAACGUCACGGUGGUCUAUCAGUAAAAGCACAGUGUAUGUGUCCUUCCCAAUCACUAACCUGGACCUGGGACGCUACGGGCCUGUCGACUGUGCCCCAGUUCUGUAUGAUUUAUAUGCAAUAUGUAACCACGCUGGGACGGUAAACAUGGGCCACUACACAGCCUGCUGUUCAGAUGAAAAUGGGUGGUGCUUCUACAAUGACUCCAGUGUGACUGCAGUCUCAGAGAACCAGCUUCAGACCAACCAAGCCUAUGUGCUGUUCUACCAGCGCAGCAACAGCACCACUGCCGUCAGGAAAUAG